AUGACCGACGAGUUCGUCGACCGUUCCCACAUCCUGCAUCGGACUUUCUCUGAGCGACCGUCCAAAAUAGUUGGUGGCGACGGUAUCAGCCUCAUCCUAGAGAACGGCAAGAAAGUGAUCGAUGCCUGCUGUGGCCCCUCGGUGUCCUGUCUCGGCCACUCGCAGCCUGAGAUCUUCGACGCCAUUGCAAGUCACCUCAAGAAUGACAUCGCUUAUGUCUACUCUGGCUCUCCUUACACCAACACUGCCACCGAGGAGCUUGCCAAUAUGCUUCUCGCUGAUAAACCCGGCGGCUUAUCUAAGGCCAUUUUUGUCAACUCGGGUAGCGAGGCGACCGACGCGGCCCUGAAGCUGGCUGUGCAGUAUUGGCACGAGCGUGGCCAACCUCAACGCACACACUUUAUCUCUCGGAAGCAGAGCUAUCAUGGCAAUACUAUCGGCGCACUAUGUGUCUCGGGUCAUGCGUCGCGUAGAGAACUCUAUCAGGACUUUUUGUCAUCGAAUGUGUCCUUUGUGGAUCCUUGCUACGCCUACCGCAUGAAACAGGAGGAUGAGUCGGACGAAAAGUUCGUUCAACGUCUGUCUCUCCAAUUCGAGAAUGAGGUCCUACGCGUUGGCCCCGAUCGUGUUGCGGGCUUUAUUGCGGAGACCGUCAGUGGCACCACUCUGGGCUGCCUGCCUGCCGUGCCUGGCUACUUCAAAGCUAUUCGUGAUAUCUGUGACAAAUAUGACAUUUUACUUAUUCUCGAUGAGAUUAUCUGCGGUAUGGGCAAGACAGGCACUAUGCAUGCUUGGGAGCAAGAGGGUAUACGAGGCCCCGAUAUUCAGACAAUUGGCAAGGCCCUCGGCGCAGGCUUCGUCCCAUUAUCUGGUGUUUUGCUCCACCAGAAGAUAUUUGACGCGUUGUCUGUGGGCUCUGGUGGUCUCGCACACGGUCACACAUUCCAGGCACAUCCACUUGCGUGUGCUGCCGCCCUUGCUUCACAGAAGAUCAUUAAACGCGAUAAUCUGAUUGAGAGAGUUUCACAGAUGGGCCAAAAGCUCGAGUCACUUCUCUACAAGGAGAUCGGCCCUCGUCCACUCGUCGGAGAUAUUCGUGGACGUAGUCUGUUCUGGGCUAUCGAGUUUGUACUUGACACAAAGUCUAAAACAGCAUUCUCGCCCGAAUACAAUUUUUGUGGCAAGGUUGUGAAGAACGCUCUUAGUUUGGGGUUGAAUCUUCUGGGAAAUCUAGGCCAUACUGGUGAAUACCAGGUUGAUCACGUCUUGGUCUGCCCGCCCUACAUCACGACGGAUGCCGAACUUCAGGACAUCAUCUCACUCCUCAAAGCUGCCAUAUUGAAGACGAGCCAGCCAUUCACUUAUGAUGAAAGACUUAUCGAACUCUCUAACGGCAAGACCAGUGCUGAGAUUGGAGUUGUUUAUGUGUCGUGA